CCUGGGGGGAGGUGGUGGGAGGCACAUCUGCACUGCAAAUAAAAGCAAUAAUUACAACCAACAACUAAACAGCAACAGCAAAGUAACAGCUAAGAAAAAAAAGCAAACCACUUUCAAUCAAGGAUUUUGGAAAUCAGAGAUCACAGAAAUUGUGCUAUUAACAAGGAGGAGGGAAAAUAAGAGAGAGAGAGAGAGAGAGGCAAGAAAUCCAGAGACCAUGGGCCAGCCUGGCUUCCUAGCGUGUACUUUCUGUUCUCUCUCCUUUUUCCCAAGGUAAUUGCAGUCUGCCGAGAGGGAGUUAAAUGGGAUUAAAAGAUCUGUGUAAGCAAAAGGACCCAGAAGAGAAGGAGGAAGGAGUGAGCCGUCCGGGCCAGGGGGUGUCUUUGACACGGCUGAGCCCCUUAGAGAGGCAGAGAGCUGAGCUCCUGGGAAGGAUGUACCCACAAACCAGCCUGUCCCCCCUUUUCUGAUGGAUUGCCGCAAAAAUUGCCCGAAAGAGACAAUGCACUAAACGUGAUGGAGCCGGAAUCAGAGCCGGUCUCCAGACUCAGAGCUACAGCAGCAGGCAGGGGUUGUAGGGGAUUCUGCUUUCUCUGGACUGUGUUAUGUUUUACCUGGUUCCUGGGAUUCACACAGGGAAAUUCUGAAGAUGUGGAUGUUCUUCAAAGACUUGGCCUGGCAGGGAAAAGGCCAUCGAGUGGAUGGUCCUCAUCACGUCCAGUUCCUCAAGGAGUCAUUCCUUUCAAAUCAGGGGUCAUCUUCACGCAGCGAGCACGUAUCGAAGCCCCGCUCAGCGCCAUCCUCCCUGCGGGCUCCAGCACCAACCUGCUGCUGGUGCUGAGCCUCUGCUCCCACCGCAUCAACAAUGCUUUUCUCUUUGCUGUCAAGAGCAAGAAGAAGAAACUGCAGCUGGGGGUCCAGUUUGUGCCUGGGAAGAUCAUCGUGUACGUGGGGCACAGGCGCUCUGUGUACUUCGACUACAACGUGCACGACGGGCAGUGGCACAAUGUGGCCAUCCAGAUCCGCGGCCAGGCGGUCACUUUAUUCACUGCUUGCGGGAAGCGCAGAGUACAUGCGGACCUGCGUCUUAAAAAGGACGAGGCACUGGACCCACAGGGCUCUUUCCUCUUUGGGAAGAUAAACCAGCACUCUGUACAGUUUGAAGGAGCCAUCUGCCAGUUCGAUAUUUAUCCUUCUGCCAAGGCAGCUCAUCAUUACUGUAAAUACCUGAGAAAGCAGUGCAGGCAAGCAGAUACCUACAGGCCAAAGCUGCCUCCCCUCGUGCCCCUCCUGCCCAGGGAUCCCAGCGCCUCCCCGAGCUCCCCACAGCAUACAGAGCUCCCGCUGAAGGGUCUGAAAAACCUGACCACUGCUGCCCCAUCCUUGGAGUUUGGCAGGGUCACUGCACCUCUCAAGACUCGAGGGUCAGGUGCAGCAGUCAUCACAUUAGUACCAUCCCCACCAUCACUGCCAAGACUGACAACCAAAGCCACAAAGGUCACAGUGGCCCCAUCUCCUGUUCCAUCCAGUACUAUGACACAGCCACCCACCCCUUCUCCUCCUCGGGGGACAGUGACAACCCUCAGGGUGUCUCGACCCACUCCUAGCACACACAUGGAGAAAAGUCCCUUUCCCACUGCAAAAAAGGCCUCACCAACAAGCCAGAUCCCUACCACGGCCAGCAGGAAGGAGUCUAAGCAAGCCACCAAAAAGAAGAGCAACCAAAAACCCACCAUUGAGCCCUCUGAAGCACCCAAUACUGUAAAGCCAUUGAGGAGGAUGACUGAUAACACAACCAGCAAUGUCCACUUUGUCACCCUCAAGCAAACCCCACAGAGCCCCAGCAACAGGCCUGUUCCAAGGAAGAACAUGCCAGCCCCCACCAGGAAAGUGGAUCCUGGCUACGACCUUCUGAUGCACACCAAACAGCCCCUGGGAUCUGCCCGUCCCACCUCAAGGGCCAGGACACAGGCCUUCAACCUCACAACCCCAGCUGCAACUGAUGCCUAUCAGAUCUUUGACCUCCUUGGACCCACUCCAUUUCCAUUUCUACUUGGAUAUCCAGGAGUGAAAGGAGAGAGAGGACCUCAGGGUCCACCAGGUCUACCAGGCUUACCAGGACCACCUGGCAAGAGAGGUUCCCGGGGUCCUCCAGGUCCCCAUGGAAACCCUGGCUCACCUGGCCCCCCAGGUCUGAAGGGUCAGAAAGGUGAUCCUGGGCUGUCUCCUGGCAAAGCUCGCAAUGGACAGAAGGGAGAUGUGGGCUUACCUGGUUUGACUGGCUUCCCUGGACCACCUGGUAGGAAGGGAUAUAAAGGUUACCCUGGACCACCAGGUCACCCUGGAGACCAGGGCCAACGAGGACCAGAUGGAAGCCCAGGUGCCAAAGGUUAUCCUGGCAGGCAGGGUUUACCUGGCCCCAUAGGGGAAGCUGGUCCAAAAGGCACUCGGGGGUAUAUUGGUCUCCCAGGAUUGUUUGGUCUCCCAGGGGCUGAUGGAGAACGAGGGAUCCCUGGAGUUCCUGGGAAGAGGGGCAAGAUGGGUAGGCCGGGCUUUCCUGGUGAUUUUGGGGAACGAGGACCUCCAGGCAUUGAUGGGAACCCAGGAGAAUUGGGAGCCCCAGGUCCUCCUGGAGUCCUUGGACUCAUUGGUGACAUGGGCUCCGUUGGACCGAUUGGCUAUCCAGGACCAAAAGGCUUAAAGGGGCUGAUAGGAAACCCUGGAGAGCAUGGACUGAAAGGUGAUAAGGGUGAUCAGGGAGGAGCAGGUGUUCCAGGAGAUAUCGGCUUCCAAGGAGACAAGGGCAGCCAGGGUCUGCCUGGGGUCCCUGGGCCACGAGGGAAGCCAGGCCCCUUGGGAAAAGUCGGCGACAAAGGUCCUGUUGGGUUUCCAGGACCACCUGGCCCUGAGGGCUUCCCGGGUGACAUUGGCCCACCAGGAGAAAAUGGUCCUGAAGGCCUGAAGGGAAAGCCAGGAGCACGAGGUUUACCUGGCCCAAGAGGACUGCCUGGACAAGAGGGAGAUGAAGGACCCUUAGGACCACCAGGAGUCCCUGGCCCAGAGGGGCGAUCUGGCCGCAAGGGAUUUGCAGGAAGACCUGGUCCAGAUGGUCUGAAGGGUGAGCCAGGAAACCGUGGCCGACCGGGGAAAGUUGGUGAGCAGGGUCUCAUGGGGUUCAUUGGUCCUGUAGGGGAGCCCGGGAUAGCAGGAGAGAAGGGUGACCGUGGCUCGGUGGGACCUCCAGGCCCUCCAGGAGUCAAGGGGUCGAUGGGGCACCCAGGGAUACCAGGAGGAGUAGGUUUUCCUGGGAUCCCUGGACCAACAGGUCCGGCAGGAGUCCGUGGUGCACCAGGGAUCAGAGGGGUGAAAGGCCGCAGGGGUGCCAGAGGGCCUGAUGGACCAGUAGGUGAGCCAGGAUCACGAGGUGUCAAGGGUCGACCAGGGGAGCCAGGCAAGCUGGGGCCAAACGGGCUGCAGGGCAAGCUGGGCGAGCCCGGGGAGACAGGAGCGCGAGGCUUCCCGGGUAUCCAAGGACCUUCUGGACCUCCGGGAGCAAAAGGGGCUCCAGGCGACCCGGGUCCACAAGGACCACAGGGACCACCUGGACCUUUAGGAGAAAUUGGGCAUAAGGGACCACCCGGCUCAAUAGGACAACCUGGCCCUGCAGGUGAACCUGGCAUGAAGGGUGAUCCUGGCCAGCUGGGGGUCCCUGGAGAGCAAGGCCUCAUUGGCCAAAGAGGAGAAUCAGGGCUGGAAGGGGACAAUGGACCACCUGGGCCAGAUGGUGCCAAGGGAGACAAAGGAGAGCAAGGCAUGGAAGGAGAGAAAGGAGAGAAAGGCCACGAAGGACUGAAGGGGAAGGAAGGGCCUCCAGGCUAUCCCGGCAUCACAGGUGUCCGAGGACCAGAAGGGAAACCAGGAAAACAGGGGGAAAAAGGCAGGCCUGGCCAGAAGGGCAGCAAGGGCUACCAGGGGCAGCUCGGCGAGAUGGGAUCUCCAGGGAAGGCAGGGCCCAAGGGGAACCAAGGCCCUAAAGGAUCCCGAGGUACCCUGGGACCUAUGGGUGCUCCAGGAAGGAUGGGUGCUCAAGGGGAUCCCGGCUUAAAGGGUUACCAGGGACAUGCAGGACCACCAGGGCCAAUCGGACCACCAGGACCAAAGGGGGAAAAGGGACAACAAGGUGAUGAUGGGAAGGUAGAAGGCCCACAGGGACCACCUGGAGACAGAGGCCCUGUUGGUGACAGAGGAGAUCGAGGGGAGCCUGGAGACCCUGGUUAUCCUGGUCAAGAAGGGCUUGAUGGAGAAAGAGGAAAACCUGGACAGCAAGGCUUACCUGGGCAUCCUGGACCACCAGGCCAGCCAGGAGCAAAGGGAUCCAAAGGUGAUGUGGGUCAAAAAGGAAAGCAAGGAGCCAGGGGCAAUGCAGGGAGCAGAGGCUCACCGGGCAUCCUUGGGCUCCCAGGUCCUCGAGGAGUGGUAGGAAGACAGGGUCAAGAGGGUGCCCCUGGAGUGGACGGAGUGCCUGGGAAGGACGGCACGCCUGGGGUGCUGGGAGAGCAGGGUGAUGAUGGGGAAGAAGGUGUGACAGGGAUGUCAGGCAAAAGAGGGAACCCUGGCAUACCAGGACUCCCUGGAGCACAGGGACCACCAGGAUUCAAGGGUGAAAGAGGAUUGCCUGGACAGAGUGGCCAAACAGGGAAGAGAGGAUCCUCAGGAGGAACAGGCCUUCCAGGGAGCCCUGGCGAGCCGGGACCCAAAGGACAGCCGGGGGACUUUGGUGAGGCAGGAUUUCCAGGGACCAUGGGCCUGUUUGGGCCAAAGGGCCCCCCAGGAGACCUUGGUUUCAAGGGCAUUCAGGGACCACGUGGACCACCUGGUCUCAUGGGAAAAGAAGGGAUUAUUGGUCCACUUGGCAUUCCAGGUCCCACGGGAAGCCCAGGGCCCAAGGGAGACAAAGGCAGCCGUGGAGAAAUGGGUCUGCAAGGACCAAGGGGUCCUCCAGGCCCACGAGGACACCCUGGCCCUCCGGGAGCGCCGGGAAUUGCAGCCUCCUUUCAACAAGAUGGCUUUGGGGCAGCUUUCCAGACGCUUAUCGACUCAAACAUCGCGCUCAAGACAGAGGGUUACCAACAUCCAGACCUUCUCAUGCUGGACCAUGGAGGGGAGAUCUUUAAGACUCUACACUACCUCAGCAACCUCAUUCAGAGCAUCAAAAGACCCCUGGGAACCAAGGAAAACCCUGCACGCAUCUGUCGAGACCUCAUGAACUGUGAACAGAAGAUGAACGAUGGUACCUACUGGAUUGACCCAAAUCUUGGCUGUUCUUCAGACACCAUAAAGGUCAUCUGUAACUUCACCAACGGAGGGCAGACCUGUCUGAGCCCCAUCACCGUCUCCAAGCUGGAUUUUGACAUCGGCAGAGUCCAGAUGAACUUCCUGCGGCUGCUGAGCUCGGAGGUGGUGCAGCACAUCACCAUCCACUGCCUCAACACCUCUGUCUGGCGGGAGGGCUCAGCGGAGAGGCCGUCGGACAAAGCCCUGCGCUUCAAGGCCUGGAACGGGCAGGUGUUCGCGGCAGAUGGGCAGCUCAGGCCUGAAGUGGCAGCUGAUGAUUGCAAGAUCAAGGACGGACGCUGGCAUCGGACUCUCUUUUCAUUCCGGACACAGGACCCCCAGCAGCUGCCAAUUGUCAACAUCUACAACCUGCCCCCAUCCGAGCCAGGAAAGCAAUACCACCUCGAGGCUCUCCCACCUCUCUGCCACAAGGACAGCUGGGCUGUAUCUUCUGGGUCAACUCUUGCUCUAGCCCUCGGCUCCAGGGCUCCAGCAACCCGUGAUCUACUGAACUCAGCAGAUUGCUGGAAGGACUAACAAGGACGUGGGGGAAGCAGGUAUCUGGACGUGAGGAAGCAAGGGAUCAGGGGACUAAGGUUGCAGCAGUGCCACACACGAAGCUCGUUCGCGACCAAAGAAAAGAUGGAGAGAAGCCUCAAGCGACAUGCGGUGUGUGGUUGCUUGGGGCUGGUUUUCCCCCCCCACCCCCUCCCCAUUUUGUCUUACCUGGUUCCUGAGUUACCAAAUGUUCUUUCCCUUCAAAAAGCAAUUAAAGGAUAGAGCUUCCCUCUCAGAGCUUGUUGCCUUCUGGAUGGCCACGUGCUGCAUCAGGUCUCCCAGGUGGAGCUGCAAGUUGGAUCUGGCUGCUCUGUGUACCGGAAGCAUUUUGAUGUGCAAUACUAGAAGAGACAAAAUAUAUAUAUUAUAUUAUUUAAAGCAAACAAAAAAAGAACUUUAAAAAAAAAGCAAAAGAUUUAAAAAGAAAGGGGAAAAAAAAAGAAAAAUAAGAAAAAAAAAAAAAGAGAGAGAAAAAAAGGAAGAAGCAAACAAAGUUCCUCCUUCCAUGGGUGAGCUUCAUCAGUGUCCCUUCUCAUGUGUAGAAGUGGGGUAGGAGAGAGUCCUGAAGCCAAGAGAGGAGAAUGGAAGGAGGAGGAGGGGAAGAGAUUGGUGCUAAAAUAGAGAGAGAGAGAGAGGAUGGGCUUGUCUGAUUUGUUUCUACCUCUCACUGUGAAAUCUCUGGUGCUCUUUAAAAGAAAGUGUAUUAUUUUAUAUAUAUGACUUUAAACUAUUUAAGGAUGUGAAGGUGCUACAGUGUCUCACCACAGACCCAGAAAAAAGGAAAGGAGAAAAAAAAAAAAAGCCCACAGGAUCAUGUCUCUAGGAAGAGAUGAGGUCACAACCUUCAGCUAAAUCAGAGGAACAGCCACCUUUAAAAGGGAUCCUUUAUUCACCGCGGAUGCCAGUGGUGUGCAACGACCCCAACCGUGUCCGCGAUCACCUUCGGGAUGUUUUAAAAAGCCAAUCUGAGUUGUCGCUGUUGCUGUUGUUGCUAACCAGCACUUCACUGCUUUGGGAGGGGAGUGAGUGAUAGAGCUCAUCUGGAAGCACUGAGCCUCAGAGAGAGCUAUUGCGGAGUCAGUUUGCCGUGUCCGAGUUUGCUGCGGCCGCGCCUCCCUGCCGGCUCCGUCUGCGCGGCCGUUCCCUGGGCUAAGCUCCUAUUUAAACCCAGCUCUGCCACCCUUUCUGUCUGGCCCCUCCGUCAAGACUGACCUGGCAGGCUUAGAGGGGUUUGGUUUUGUUAAGUUUUGUAGAAAUUUAGUCUCUGUAUGUAAAUUUGGAGGAUUUUCUUUUUUUUUUUUAAAGAGGAUAAUUAUGGUAAUCUUGAAUUCUAUAUAAGGAAUAAUAUUGAUGUAAUCAGAGCUGUACUGUAUCAGAAAUGCUUCAGUGCCUGGUUGGAGUGUUCAUGUCUCAUAUAUGAGCUAUGGAUUUUAUUUUUUUGAGGAAAACAAAACAAACAAACAAAAAAAAAAGGAAAUGAUUAUCUGUGA